CUCCUCUCUCGCCAAGAACGCAAGAACGCCAAGAAGAGGCCAAGAUCGCAAGAACGCCCAUGGAUCGGCAGCGGCGGCCGAGCUCACCCUCCUCCCCCUCGUCGGUGCGGACGCGCGGGAGGAGCCCGAUGUCGCCGUCAAUGCCGCAGCCGCUGCCGCUGCCGUCGCCGCCGUCGAGCCCCCGUUCUGGCGCCACCACCACCACCACCACCUCGGUGCGGGCGCGUCCGAGACCACCGACGGCGCCGCCCGACGCCCCCUGGCUCGCCCUCUCCGGCGGUGGCGCCGGGUCAUCAGACGUCGCCGGGAGCAGCAGCGGCAGCGGCAGCAACGUCGACGAGACCCUCGCCGCGAUGAGGGACGCCGCCUGGGCAAGAUUCUACGCGGUCAUGGGGAAGGGGAAGGGGAAGGCCGGGGAGCGCGGGAGCUUCUCGUUCCCCGACCUCGGGGCGCCGCACGACGUCGUCGACGCGGCGGCGGUGGUCGACCACUUCGCCACCGUGGAGGCGGAGAGGAGGGCGGGGGCGAGGGCCCAGUUCCUGGACGCGACGAUGGAGGCGACGGCGAGCGCGCGGCUGGGGAGGGUCAAGAGGGAGCUCCUCGUCGACCGGAGGGUGCUCGACCUCGCCGGGCUGGAGCGGUGGCUGCGGCGAGGCGAGGCCGUCGCGGAGCUCGCGUGGUUCGCGGAGCUCUGCGCCGGCGAGGGCGGCGAGCCGGUGCCCCCGCUCGAGCUCUUCGAGUCCGCGUUCCGGGCGCUGCAGGCGGCGCGCUCCGACGAGCUCCACCGCGGCGCCGGUUUCAGGAAGCGCUGGGUUGGCCCGGCCGCCGUGCCGGAGUUCUUCCUCUGCCCUAUCUCCAACAAGGUCAUGGUGAAUCCAGUCGUCAUCUCCUCUGGAAAGACUGUUGAGGUUUUAGCAUUGGAGAAAUGGUGGAGUGAAAAUAGACGCCUCUGUCCAGUAACUGAUGAGAUUCUCGACAACAGCAUAUUCAUCCCCAAUAUCCUCAUUAUGCUGUGCACAGCACUAUGGCGUACAAGAAACGGCAUUACAGAUGUGACAACAAUUGCAGAACCACCAAAGAUUUCUUCUGAGGAGGAAGCCCUGUUCAGGGAAAUCAACCUCUUGGCACUCUCCCCUAGCUUGUCUGACAAAACAUUUGAUGCCAUAUUACGCCUACAUGAACUCAUCAGCAAUGCGCAGUCCUCGCUCCUGCAUCUGCUUGGCCAAAGCCCAGGGAUGAUUGCAAAACUUGCAUGCCUCUUGCCAGAGACAUGCCUGGACCCUGAUCCCGGAUUGGACGACAUUAUCCUCAAGAUCAUCGCGAAGACAGCUUCCUACAACCCCAAUAAGGUGAUAUUAGGAGAUGAUCAAUAUGCCAUACCUGUGCUGAUUGCAAGGGCAUUGCUAGGGCCUGUGGACACAAGAGUCAAGAGUGCUCAAAUCCUUGGGUUACUGGCUGACAACUACUACAACAAGAUCAAGAUCGGUGAACUUGGAGGCUUCGCUGCGCUGAUGGAGCUGCUGCUCUUGGUAGGAGACAGAGAAGUCAAGAGGACGGUGGCGAUGGCGAUCGCCAGUCUCUGCGAGGCCCAGGAGAACUGGAGCAGAUUUGUCAGAGAGGGAGUAGCAGAUGCUGCUAUAUCCUUGUUGCGCGACGACAACCUAGUGGAUGAAGCCCGCAGCAUCUUCUUGAAGGCUACUGGUUUUGAGCUGGCCAUGACACAGGUUCUGGAUAAGCUGAUGUCAUUUGGCGAUGAUGCCAACUGCUUAAAGAUGGUUGAGAGCAUCUGGAAUACCUUCAUCCGGACGAAAUUAAGACGAAGGCGCCCCAACGUUACUCAUGCAUCUUCCUCAACAAGGGCCAGUGACGUAUUUUCUGAUACAUCUUCUGACGGGAGUGUAGAACUGCCUAUGCACGUUGAAUUGACAGACAAGGCCGAGGACGAUGUUAGGACCAUUGUUUCAUGGCUGCAGAAGAGGACGUGCUACCCGCGGACGUACAAAUACGAAGAUUGAUCAUUGGCAGGCCAACAUGUGUAAAGAACAGAGAGGAGUGUAACUGUGGCUGGAAAUCAUACCUGAUUCUUGACAGAGCACAUUUUCUGUUAAUCUGUACGUGACGGUAGCUCAAGUGCUCAACUCAAGCUAAAGAGUUGUUCUGAUCUUUUUCUGAAUGUCAAACUGAUAAAAGAUAGUAUCUGAAAAUAGCAUUUGUUAUAUUGUUUCAGUUGUACAGCUGAGAUACUGUAUUGAUCAAUUCUGUCAUUACACAUUCCUGAGAAUUAAUAUAGCUUAAAUGGAUGUUGCAUGAA